GUGCACGUCACAGCAGGUGGUUGUAGAAUUAGUUUGAAAGUAGUUAAACCAUGACAGGGAGAGAUGGAGCAGUAUUGUGGCAAAGUUUAAAUAAACUGAAAACACCCGCCGAACAUAUACCAAAUUACAACUUCAGCAACCAAGAAACGAAAAACAACACUACACAACCGGCCAGAUGUAGGGGUUUCGGAAUACAGGAUAUUUUAGGAUUGGACAAAGAGAUUCCUUCAGCACCUCGAAGUUCGAUGGGGUUUCUUUCCGAUGCAGAGCACAUGCAAGACGCUGUAUCCAUGCUUGUCCCCCAAAGUUUCCAAUUGGGGAUGGGAUUGAUUGGGCCGGGACGAAUACAUACAUUUUACAGCCAGCAUGAGUUUUUGGAGAUCAUGUCUGAGGCACAGCAUGCGCACCUGCAGCCUCUUAACCGAAAGGUGGGAACGGUGGACACAGACGAAUCCGCUAGUUCAGCCUCAGAAGAUGUGUCUUCCAGUGAAAAAUUGUCCAGAUCUUCACAGAGCCUAAUCAAUAAACGAAAGAAGAGACGACAUCGAACCGUUUUCACCUCUUACCAGCUGGACCAGUUAGAGAAGGCCUUUAAUGAUGCGCACUACCCCGAUAUGUACGCAAGGGAGAUGCUGUCCAUGAGGACUGAACUUCCUGAGGACAGGAUACAGGUGUGGUUCCAGAACCGGCGUGCCAAAUGGAGGAAGCGAGAGAAACGCUGGGGCCGCAGCAGUGUGAUGGCGGAGUACGGCCUCUACGGCGCCAUGGUGCGGCACUCAAUCCCGCUGCCUGACUCCGUCCUCAAUUCCGCGCAGGAUGGUGCUUUGGAUUCUUGCGCCCCCUGGCUUCUCGGAAUGCAGAAAAAGUCCGUGGACAGCUUGGCGAUGACCUCACGGCAGCUCUGUAAGCAGGAAGCAGGCGAGCGUGAGCCAGAGGAGAAGAGGACAGCGAGCAAAUCACCCCACUGCGAGGAGGAACUGAGGGAGAGCAGCAUCGCUGCACUCAGGGCGAAAGCGCAGGAGCACAGCGCCUGUGUGCUGAGGGCCGCUUCCUGCGAGGGACCCGAGAGGGUGACGGACACAGGGAACGGGCCAAAGACACCUGGAAAUCACUCAAACACAUCAGAGGAGGAACAAAGUCUUUAACAAUACAAUUAAACAGACUCUCUCUUUUGAUAUUCGAUGAUCUUGUAGUACUGUAAAUACAUUAUUCUUCAUCACAAAUACAAAUCUUAAUGGCUUAAACUGAAGAAAAAAAGGAUUUUCAGUGGGUGUUUUUCUAUGUUUUAUUGACUGACAUUUUAAAAUUUCCUUCCUACCUGGGACUGCAAAAAGUUAUAUUUUGGGGGGGCAAAAGGGAACAUUAUUACCAUUUGCAGGCAAAGGGACAGUUCACUUUUUUGGGGUUUCUGAUAUGAUUUAAGUAUGUUGUCAACUGGCCCUAAUAUUUAUUUUGUGCAAAGAAUGAUAUUUCAGAUAUUUAAAGAAUUUUCUGUUUACCUACCAACAUUACAAUGGCUGGAACGCAAACAUCUAGGGAUUUUGGAUUAAAACAAGGAAAUACACUUCAAGUUGUUCCAAAGCUUUAUAGCAAUGUUAAUAUUUUUAUUGGUUUUUCAUUUGAACAGAUUAAUUUUAUAGCAUUUAUUCACACUUAUAAUGUCGCUUACCAGCCAAGCUGACUUGCUGUUUGAAAACUUCUGCAUGUAUGCAGUGCCCUCUGGCUUAUUUGCUCAUAAUUAUUUGCAUCAUUGUCAUUGGUAAACAAUCCUCCUCAGUUCCACAUCUGCCAUGUUUGGAAAAGGCUUUGCCUGCCAGUCAAUUGGAACACCAUACACUGCUUUAUUCAUUUCAGUGGUGAAAAAUAAUUUCAAUACAUUUGUUAUUAUUUAAAUAAUGUGGCCAGCUAGUUUUCACACAAAUUUUUUUUACACUGGACUAGCUUUUGGGUACAUUGACUUGUAUUUGAGUUGUACGAUUAACCUGUUAACACUAGAAACACAUUCAUCAGAGCUAUAGCCUUGGAUGUGAUGUAAUAAAAAUACAACUCUGUUGUAAUUUCACAGUAAAAUAUCCAGUGUUAAUUCAACUCUAACAGAGCACAUGAGUACAAUAGGGACCAUAUGUACUCUGUUAGAGUUGAUUAAACACUGAACAUUUUACUGUGCAUGAGAACUCAUACGACUGUCAGCCCUACUGAUUGCAACAGGUUAAUAAAUAAUUAAUUGGGAAUAGUCUGCACUAAUUAAUUAAUUAAUCAGCAGGACGGCUAAUUUCAAAUUAGCUUGGUAUGAAUUGAUGUUUGUGAAUCCACCCCCAACAGUGAUGCACAUUUAAUUUGUGAAGAUAAAUCUGACAAGAAAGCUUUCCACAAAAUGAUGAGAC